AAUAUUUUCAACAAUGAGCUUGCCCAGCUGUAUAGUUUCUAUGGGUCAAGGGGAAAUAAAAAGGCAUUCAACGAUUUGCGUGUAAAAACCGUUAUUAUUCGGGCUGUUCAAUUAACGACUUCCAACACAACAGCUGAAGAAAUUUCUGCCCAUAUAAAGGUUUGGCUAAAACAUGCCCCGCAACGACUUUCCAAUUCCCUACAACCUAAGAAGAACUGUAACCAAGGAAUUUAGAUAAGUGCAAUUACUUUAAUCAUAGUUCUUUUUUUUUAUAUAUUUUACUUUUGUUAUUAAUGUGUACCAUGUCGCAGAGAAGUUCCUAUAAAACUAAAGAAAUUGUAGGCACACGACAAAUAUAUAGAAGAGUCCAGAAAGCCUUACAGAGGCUAAAUGAAAAUAAAGAAACUAUUUGUCCUGUUAAUCGUAAUAACUUGGCAAACACAAAUAUCAUAGAACAUAGUCCGCUAAAUCUUUUGCAUGAUAGAAGUGAUGAAAAUGAUUCUUCCAGUAUCUGUUCUCAGUCUUCUCAAAAUUGUGAUAUACAAAUUUGUCCACCUAUUGAAAUUGAGUUAAUUUCUGAAAAUAUUGACGAGCACAUGGAAAGUACGCCACCUGAAACUUUAUGUACCAAUCCUAACGAAAACGAUGACAACUUGGCAAUUAAGCUGCGGUCAUGGGCCACAGUUGGCAAAGUGCCUCAUUCAAGUGUUACAUCUCUUUUAGGCAUUUUACAUCCAUUACAUCCUCAAUUGCCAUUAUGUAGUAAAACCUUGUUAAAAACGCCUGUAACUCUUAAUACUCUGCCAUUAGAUACUGGUGAAUAUUAUCAUUUUGGAUUGACAAAAACAUACAUAAUUUAAUACUAGAUGGUGCUAGAUUUGACAACAAUACUAUUUUACUAUCAUUUAAUAUAGACGGACUCCCACUGUAUCGAAGCACAAAUACACAAAUUUGGCCCAUUUUAUGUUUAACUAAAAGUAGUAGUAGCAUAAUUUCACCAUUCCCUAUAGGAAUUUUUCUCGGCGAUUCUAAACCUAAACCGCUAGACACAUAUUUGAAGAACUUUAUUGAGGAGCUUUCAUUGUUAAUUACAAAUGGAUUAAAUUUAUUUGAUGUGACUUAUAAAAUCAAAAUUCACAGUUUUAUUUGUGAUGCUCCUGCGCGAGCAUUUAUAAAGUGCAUAAAAUCUCACGGUGGCUACUCAUGUUGUGAACGAUGUAUGGAAAGUGGAGAUUAUGUGAAUGGAAAAGUUGUUUACAAAGGAAUAAAUGCAACACGCAGAACAGACAAAUCGUUUGUUUUACAAAGUGAUGAAGAUCAUCAUUUAGGGAUGUCUCCACUACUAAAACUUUCUGUUGGUAUGGUGUCACAAUUUCCGAUAGACUAUUUACACAAUAUCUGCUUAGGUGUAAUGAGAAAGUUAUUACACACAUGGAUAAGUGGCAAUUUAAAGGUUCGCUUAAAUUCUCAAUUAGUUACUACUUUAUCUCAAAAGCUAAUUCUCAUAAAACUGCAUAUUCCAACAGAAAUAAACAGGAAACCUAGGAGUUUAUCGGACCUAUCAAGAUGGAAAGGAACUGAAUUUCGAUCAUUCUUGCUUUAUUAUGGACCACUAAUAUUGGCAAAUACUAGUGACUUAGGUGCAUAUGAACAUUUUCUUUUGCUCCAUGUUGCUAUAUCUAUAGCCGUGUCUCCAUAUCUCCUUGCAAUACAUAAUUCCACCGUUGUUUCAGAACUUUUGAACAUGUUUGUAAAACAUGUUGAGCAGAUAUAUGGCAUAGAAUAUUAUGUCUAUAAUGUACAUUAUCUUUCACAUGUGUCCGACGAUAUUCAGUCUUAUGGUUGUUUAGAUAAUUACUCCGCAUUCCCAUUUGAGAAUUAUCUAGGUCAACUUAAACAGUUAGUAAGAACCCCGAACAGACCACUAGCUCAACUUUGUAGGCGUUUACAUGAAAUGUCAUUCAAUAAUAUUUCUAAACCUAUUGUUAACCCUGAUAUUGUAUAUAAAUUUGAACAUUUUAACGGUCCUCUCCCCCCUACAUCUGUUAUUAACGAUAAUUACAGACAAUAUAAAAAAAUACAUUGGAAAGAUAUAACAAUUUCUGUUAAAUCACACUCCAUCGCUGAUUGUUAUUGCUUAACAAAGCAGAAAACAGUUGUACAAAUAGAAAAUAUUUUAGCAUGCAUCAAUCGAAAGAAUACUUUUUUUAUUGUUAGUGAAUUUGAAAAAUAUGAUUCACUGUAUCACUAUCCCAUUAAUUCAAAACAGUUGUAUAUAUACAAAAUGAAAAAUUUGUCGACCAAUAUGAAAAUAAUUUCUCAUAUUGACAUACAAGCAAAGUGCAUUGUCAUUCCAUCAUUUGCAGCCGAUUACUGGGUAUCAUUUCCAUUACUUCAUUCGUAUUUCCUGUGA